AUGGUUUCUGUUUUCCCUCAUCAUGCCGACCCCACCGCUCCCUCCUCCACUUCCCACCGUCCGAAUCUCUCUUCUCCCCUCGCCCUCCUCUAUCCUCUCGUUUUCUCUUUUCUCAUUCAUUUUUUCCAUUUCCCCCCCCUCCCUUCGCCACCGAGACCAUCAGACUCACACCUUAACAGUCUCCGCCCCCAAUUUCCCACCCUACCCACCUGUAUGUCCAUACACACACCCUCCACACCCUCCAGUCUAACAGACAUACCGCCAGCCCCUUCACAUCCCUUCUCUAGCCUGCACUAG